AUGUCCCUCUCCAUCCCCUUGCCAGGGACCAGCCCCUGUGCAUCACCCUAUGCCUCGACCACCAAGCACGCUCAUUUCACUUCCUCUGUAUCAGUUCCCACACAGAUAACACCCCGAGGGGAAGCUGUGCAACCAGGACCAAAUCAUUCCUGCCACGACGGCUCCAACCCUGCAUGCUUGAAUGUGGUUGAGCACAUCCUCAUUCCAGGCAUCGUGGUGGUUCUUCUUUUGCUUCUAAUUGCAGUGGGAGUUCUGAUUAUGCUGUCCAGGAAGAGGAAGAAGGCCCUCUCCGGAGCAGCUAUGGAGAUGGACAGGACUUGCAACACGUCACGGGCAGGAGCAGAUGCCUUGAACUACUCGGUCAUUAACCACAGCACCGGCAAAGCGGGGAACCAGCUGUACAGCAACGCCAGGGCUCUCCGCAGCCUGGAAAACACCUCCACCGAGUACAUGGAGGUCAGGCGGAGCUAUCAGUGUUUGGAAGAGGAAAAAGAGAGUUUAUAUGCCAGAGUACAGAAGCCCCGGCGGGAGCAGAAGGAGAUCUAUGCCAAUCUGCCAUCAGCCCCACAGCCCAGAGGAGAGCCCUACAGCACAGGGCAGGGGGUGUGA